AUUUAAAAUCAAUUCUCAGCUGCCUUCAUCUCACAACAAGCAUGGGUACUGCAACUCCAACGGCUCUGUGUCUAUGUCUAUGGCUUCUUCUCAUAUUAUCUCCGGCGUUUCCCUCUGUUAGCGCCGUCACUGAAUUCUCCUUAGUUGUUUCCGGGCCUACGACUCUGCAGCUAUCUCCAACCCUGGUAGUAGAAAAAUCUCCAGGUCUCAAGCCUGGAGCUAAAGUAAAAUGCGAGAGAGUUCUAAUUCAUGGUUUGCCAAGGAUUAAACACAUGAGCAAGUUUGCUAAUUCCAUGAAGGUUAAAGUUUCAUGUGAAAACCAAAGUGGUUAUGCUGCAAAAAUCGAGAUCUGUUUCCACAGGAAUGUAUCUCUUGCGGUAGGGAUGUGCCCUGAAGACCAGUGGGAACGGCUUAAUAAGGGAUUAUGGAUUAAGUCGAUGUCUCCUUUUGAUCACAAAAUCUUGGAUGUAAGAACUGUGGCAUCUUAUUCAGAAAAUCUCGAGGUGUCUAUCGAUGAAGAAUUUUUUGCGUACCGGGUAUUGUUCCUUGUUUUGGGAACAGCUUUGAUGUGUGUGGCGUCGUGGCUCAGCAAAUCCUUAGUUUUCUACUACAGUGGUGCUAUGAUUAUAGGGAUUUUCCUUGUGAUCUUAAUGGUCCUUUUCCAGGGGAUGAAGCUUCUUCCAACUGGUCGGAAGAGUUCACUUGCAAUAUUUCUGUACUCGUGCUUUGUUGGUUUGGGAUCUUUUCUACUUCGCUAUUUGCCAGGAUUGUUGCGAUCACUUUUGGUAGAGAUCGGGCUUUCUGAAGACAUGUACAAUCCUCUGGCUAUAUUUCUAUUGGUUUCCCUUGCAAUUACCGGAGCUUGGCUGGGUUUUUGGGUCGUACGCAAACUCGUUCUCACAGAGGAUGGCUCUAUUGAUAUUGGUGUAUCUCAUUUCGUCACUUGGUCAAUUCGAAUUGUUGCCUGUGUCAUGAUCCUUCAGAGUUCCGUAGAUCCAUUGUUGGCAGCAGAGGCAUUGUUAGGUGGAAUUGUCGUUUCUUCAGUGCUGAGGAGAUUUGCCCAUCGAAAGGUCAUUCGUCGCGUCUACAAGAAUUUGCGUGGGCUCAAUCUCGGAGAAGCUCUGGAUUCCUAUACGUCGCCAGUCUCCAAAAUGUCUGCCUCCAGGCCUUCCACUAGAGCUCCAUACAGUCCAGUUCGAGGUUCAUUGAGUAAAUCGCCUACAAGAUUGUCGGAUUCAAAUGCUUUCUAUUCAACCUUCCACGAAACUCCCGAUCGAAGAAAAUUUACUAAGGGUGAAUGGGAAUCAUUCACUAAAGACUCCACACGGAAAGCUCUAGAAGAGCUUGUUUCUUCACCGGAUUUUAGCAGGUGGGCCGUUUCACAUGCAGAUAGGAUUACCUUGGCUCCGAAGAAAGAAACUUCCGAUAGGCAGACGAGAUGGUUCCGAUGGUUUUAAGGUUCUUUUGUAUGUGUGUGUUCUGAUUAAGCUGACCAGUUGACCUAAAUCACUUGUUACAAACAUUUACUAGCUAAAUUGACUGAUCAAUGCAUAUCUGAAUGUGUUUGGUGAAUUUCUGCUAAAGCAUUCUGUUGAUAUUAGACGUUUGUAAGCUU